AACAAGCAGGAAGAUCCAGAAAAAAAAGCAAGUUAACAACUAGUUAUGUUAAUGCUUCACCUGUUGUCCAGUGACGUGAGCUCUGCGCCAUAGAUUCAAAACUGUGUGGGCGGACACACACACAUACACACACAUAUACACGCAAACACCUCCCCGUCCAGAAAGGAGCUGGAGACCCCUUACCUCAAUCACACCCCGAGGCCUUGAAACUCCCAGCUCCAAGCUUCACGUGUCUAUAAAAAGAGCAUCUCCUCAGCCAAGGAAGCAACAGAGAGACCUUUUUCCUGCAGAGCGUUUUUCACCGAGGAGCAGAGAGAAAGCAGAAGAGGAGGAAGAGACGGAUCAGGGUAUAGAAGAUCUGUGGACAAACGGAGAGAGAACAAGAGGAGAGAAGAGAGGAGGAAAGCAUUUAGAGAAGGCUGAAGAUGGUGUGUGUGUGUUGGUUCUUCUUGGUGCUGAUGGCGUGCGUGUGCGUCCCCGGGUUUGGCUCGUUGUGCUUGGACAGCUCCAUCUGCAACAACCUGAGCAACAAGGGGAACAUAAUGGACUGUAUUCACCUCUGCAUGUCUGUGAUCCAGACUGAAUUCCCAGAGCUGGAUGCGUCAGGCCUGAAGAGCAACGAUGAUGAAGACCUUUUACUGAGCAUUGUUCUGUCCAAAAUGGUCUCUGAAGACAAGAUCUCAGAGUCAGAAUUGAAAGCCCACAGAGACCAGCGGCGCUCCUAUUCGAUGGAGCAUUUCCGCUGGGGCAAACCCACCGGCCGUAAACGUCGACCUGUAAAGGUGUUUGCCUCUUCCCUGGAAGGAGGAGGCUCUUUCGAGAAUAAUUUCCCCUUUCAGGCUCGCAGGCAGCUGAGCAUAAAUGAAGAGGAAGCAAUGGGAGGCCCAAAUGGGGAAAGUCAUCAAAACAAGGUAUUGCUAAAUGCAAGGGUUGUCCAGAAACCACAGACUCAGUUGAGCGCCCAGCACAGAAAAGAUGGAACCUAUCGGAUGAGUCACUUUAGAUGGGGCAGCCCACCUGUCUCUAAACGUAACAGCCUUUUGAUGAAGACUUUGGAGAAGAAACCUCAGGCGCAGCUGGUCAAGCUCUUGAGGAACAUUUUGGAUAAGGAUGUACAGAGGAUAAUGGAAUAAACGGAGGAUGAGGAAGAGGAGAGGGAGGGCCGCCGCGUUGUGUAAAAAGUCUAAUAGCUGUUGCAUGUUAGUUCCCACAGGUUUUACUUUUAACUGACAGAAACUUGUCAUUACCAUAAGCAUGUAGCUUAAUGUUUUCUUAGCAAAAGGUUUGUCUCAAUGGAACAUGAACUGAACAUAAGAAACAAGACCGUUUUGCUGAAUAAAAACCACACUGCACCCACUGA